AUGGCGCUCUAUGGCGCGAUCGAAGAGGUGGAGGGACGAAAGCUUCCACAGGCAAAGCGGACUCGAAUGGCGCUUGCUGCACUAGGCAGCGCAGCAAUUUUGAUGUGCUUGAUCGUCUUGGUGAGGACAUCAGCCCAUGGACCUUCGGCCCUGGUCGAGGAGGUCGACGGCUUGGAGCUCAAUGCAUAUUUGACUCCAGACGAGGUCGAGGAGUUCAAAAAGCUUCGAUCGGAGCAGGAGAAGUUGAACGCUCAGAUUGACGACCUGGCCAAGAGAGAGGCCAAGAUGCAGCCUGAAGAUACCAAGGUCAUCGUUCAAGUGGCUCCUCCAGGCCCCCCUGGCCCCGAUGGUCCUCAGGGACCCGUCGGCGAUAAGGGCCUCAAGGGCGUCACAGGACUUCUGGGCCCCAUGGGCCGUCAGGGACCUCGCGGCCCUCAGGGCGACCAAGGACCUCAGGGGCCUCAGGGCCUUCAGGGAUACCCGGGACCUCGGGGACCUCGUGGUGAUCAGGGCCAGCAGGGUGUUGAAGGCCCACCGGGCGAUCAAGGCCCUCAAGGUCCUCGUGGAAACACUGGCGUUCAAGGCUUGCCCGGCCCCAUGGGCAGCCCUGGAGGAGUUGGAUCACCAGGAGCUCCUGGACCGGAGGGUUCUCAGGGUCCCCCGGGCAAGCAGGGACCAGCUGCUUAACGACGCUUCCUUCAAUGAUCGCUGGCUGGAGGAGCGAGAUGGAGUGAAGUGUAAAAUAUUCGCACGACAGGACAGCCUGCACAGACUUUUCAACCAUCAUUACAUUCUCAGCUCACUCUG